UGCUGUGAGAGAGGGAGCCCGGGCGCCUCGGGGGCUCCGUGCUGCGCCCCGCGGCCGCGGCGGCCCCCCUAUGGUGCGCGCCGAGGAUGGCGGAGAGACGGCGCAGUGAGGAAGACGAUGACUUUCAAUAUAUGGAUCAUGACUAUGAAGUACCACAGCAAAAAGGUUUGAAGAAGAUAUGUAGCAAGGUGAAAUGGACCCGUGAAGAGGAUGAAAAGCUAAAGAAGCUGGUGGAACAAAAUGGUACAGAUGAUUGGGCUUUCAUUGCUAGUCAUCUACAAAAUCGUUCAGAUUUUCAGUGCCAGCAUCGAUGGCAGAAGGUACUAAACCCGGAACUGAUUAAAGGUCCCUGGACUAAAGAAGAGGAUCAGAGGGUUAUUGAAUUAGUUCAGAAGUAUGGUCCAAAGCGCUGGUCUCUAAUUGCAAAACACCUGAAAGGAAGAAUAGGCAAGCAAUGCAGAGAAAGAUGGCACAACCAUCUCAAUCCUGAGGUAAAAAAGUCUUCGUGGACAGAAGAAGAGGACAGAAUAAUCUAUGAAGCUCACAAGCGUUUGGGAAACCGAUGGGCUGAAAUAGCAAAACUUCUUCCUGGAAGGACUGAUAAUUCAAUUAAAAAUCACUGGAAUUCAACAAUGCGAAGAAAAGUGGAACAAGAAGGAUAUUUGCAAAGUGUUAUAAAGUCUGAAAGCGCUAGUUCUGCUGAACUUCAGCCCCAACCUUGUCUGAGUAUGGAACACUUGCACACUCAGAAUCAGUUUUAUGUGCCUGUUCAGACACAUAUUCCAACAUAUCAGUAUGCCUCACCAGAAGGCAGCUGUCUAGAACAUACUCCAUCUUCUUCCAACAUAGUUCAGCAGCCAUUUAUUGAUGAUGAUCCUGAUAAAGAAAAGAAAAUAAAGGAACUUGAAUUGCUACUUAUGUCAGCAGAGAAUGAAAUCAGAAGAAAACAAAUAUCUUCUCAAGCUGGAAGCUUGUCUUGUUGGUCUGGAAAUUUUAUCAUGGAGGAUUGUAUGCCUAAUACACUAAGUAGCCUUGAGGAACAAACAAGUAAUUUCUACAGCAUGGAUGAGACCCGCAUCACACCUGUUCAACAGAAUUCACCACCUAAGUAUUUGGGUGUAGAAGCAAAUAGAAUGCUAACACCUCUACAAACCAUUCCAGAAUUUGCAGAGGCACUAGACCUUAUGGAAAUUGAUCCGGUAGCAUGGAGUGAUACCUGUUUUGAGCUUUCCGAGGCUGUUGUAUCCCCUGUCAAGCCAGCUCCAGUAAAACUAAUGCGGCUUCAACACGGUGAAGGGGCUGCUGAGUGCCAGUAUAAUGUCGGCGUUAUGCUUGAUGGCAAAAACCACAGCAACAUCAGUGGGGAUGAGGAAACAGUUUUUUCAACAACCUCAAACUUAACGAAGUUCAGCAAUCCACCUGCUAUCCUGAGAAAGAAAAAGAGAUUGCGUGUUGGGCAGUCCCCAGUUAGUGAUCUGAGCGAUGGUUUGUGUAAUGAUGCCGUCAAUGUUGCACUAAAGCGGACACCAGUGAAAACACUACCAUUUUCUCCAUCACAGUUUUUCAAUACUUGCUCUGGAAAUGAACAAUUUAACUUUGAAAAUCCUGCAUUUACAUCUACUCCAAUCUGUGGGCAGAAAGUUCUUAUUACAACUCCUCUACACAAGGAAAUGACACCACAAGAUCAAAAGGAAAAUGUGGGUUUUAGAAGUCCCACAAUGAGAAGAUCUCUUUUGGGUUCAACACCAAGGACACCAACUCCUUUCAAAAAUGCUUUGGCUGCUCAGGAAAAAAAGUAUGGUCCUCUCAGACUUAUGUCCCAACCACUUGCCUUCUCGGAGGAAGACAUUAGGGAAGUUUUGAAAGAGGAAACUGGAACAGAUAUAUUUCCCAAGGAGGAAGAUGACACUUUGUAUAAAAACUGCAAGCAGGAGCACAACUUUUCUAAAAAAGUCAGAAAAUCACUGGUCCUAGAUCCACAGGAAAAAGAAGAGUUUGGGGCCCAGCGUUUGACGGAAGAUAAUAGUUUAGAUGUACAGUCAAAAAAUGCAUAUACCACAUCUUUAUUAAUGACACCAUUGUUGGAAAUACAGGACAACAGAUGUAACCUGACAUCAGAAAAACAGGAUACAAAUCCAGCAAUCAAAGCAAAUGCUGUAAUUAAGAAGAAACUGAAUGCAUGUACAACAAAAAAUGUCAAAAUGGAGAAAGUUCUUCAGCCAAAUCGUGACUGGGAGGCAGUUGUUUAUGGAAAAACAGAAGACCAGCUUAUCAUGACUGAACAAGCAAGAAGGUAUCUGAGCACAUACACUGCCACCAACAGCAAUUCAAGGUCUCUGAUACUGUGA